UCAGCAGCGCUUGUUUACCUUGUUAGUUCGCAACCGUUCCUUCCUUCCAGCUGAGACAACAGACAAACUUCCUGGAUCCCUCCUGAGGGAAACACAGCGCCUGGCCAAUAAGAUGUGGACUGUCCAGCAUGAAGCCCUAGAGAUCCAAUCACAACUCAAAUCAGUUUGAUGGGCAGUUGCAACGUCCAAUAAUAUGACCCUAAAUAAGGAAGUGGGCUGUCGCUCAUUAAAGAUUGUGGAUCAUGGACACAGUUAGCUAGCUAGUGAGGCUAAUCUCUAUAUUCAUACAUCAGAGGAAAACGGUUAUUACAUUGAUAUUUUCACACAGCCUGUACACCAGAAUGAUUGACGACUUUGAGAGCCAGGAGGCCCGGUCCAGUGGCGAGCUGUGGACCGAAAUCUGCUCCAGUCUGCCGGAGGCGCAAGUGGAAGCAACCCCGGAGAUCAACACGGAGUUCAAAGAUUCAUUCCAGCCAGCAGCACAAGUCGGAGUGCAAGUCAAUGGACAAUCAAAUUGGACACAUGCCAGUUCUUCUAGCGCCAAAUGGGAACCCAUGGAGGAUUCUGAGAGCUACAUAGCCAGUUUAGAGAACCGCCUGAAGAAAUUAAAGGGUCAGUCAAGUGAUGUGACUUCCAGGGACAUGUUGCGAUCCUUGUCUCAAGCUAAGAAAGAAUGUUGGGAUAGAUUUCUGCACGACGCGCAGACCUCAGAGCUCUUCCAAGGUGGUGACAUGGAUGAGAGUGCUCUUGAACACUUCAAGAGGUGGUUGAUUCCUGAGAAGGUGGCCAUCAGCGCAGAAGAACUGGAAUAUCUCCUGAGGCCGUCUCAGAAUAACGAACCAGCUGAAACAAACCAAACACAGAACGAAGAGGACACGGAGGGAGAGACGCACAACGCAGCGGAAGAUGAUGCUCACAGCCCGGAGAAAUGAGUGUGUAAAAAUAACACUGAAAGAAGAACUAAUUACGCAUGCAUCCAGGAGGGGUGAUUUGUUCCCCCGAUCCUCAUUUUGUGCAUUAUCUGAUUAUAUUGAGUAUUAUAUGAUUGCAGCGUUAUGGCCAAAGCUUUUGUUAACAGCGGUCAAAGAAGCAAUUACAGCCUGUCAUCAUCCUCUGUAUCCCAAGCAACUGAGUGUUAAGUACUUAUUCAUUCCUUGUUAUUCAACCACAUCACACCAUGAAAUAUAUAAGAAAUAACUUGUUUGUUCUGUAGUUUCAGAAUUGGCAUCUGGUCUGUGUAGUGACUCCCAUUAUAUGUUACAAGAAUGGUUCUCUACUUUGAAUACAUAUCCAAGGUUAAUGAAGGACCACAUGCAGUACCAUGUUGUAAAUGAGACUCUUAAGAAAUCUUGCGGACAUUUUUACGUUUGAAAACUUGACAUUGUUGACAGUAGGAAUGCUCGGUGAUAUAUUCCUGAUAAUAUUGUGCAACAUGUUUAUUUUUACCAUGUUGAUUUUACAAGUGAAGUUUUAACCAGGUUUCAAUAAAAAAGAAGUAGAAUUAA